UCUUGUAAACAUGGCGCCUGUACACAGUUCACCUGCCCAGUUGACGUGUUUUCUACUUUUACUGCUAUUAGCAGGUGUUUCGGUCAGUGAUUAUUGUAGCGGUUAUUGGGACGACUACAAUACAUACCAGUUCGGAUUUUUGUGUGAUUCAUACUGUUGCGGUUCAGAUACAGACAAAUAUUGUUGUAGCAUUGACCCAGACGGUAUUGAUGACCUAUUCAAUAGUGAUUGGAACAACCUGAAUGAAGACAUCGGAGAUACCGCAGAACACAUAACCAAGAUAAUCAUUGGUGUUGUUUGUGGUAUAAUUGGUUUGAUUGUACUAAUCGUUAUUAUCGCCGUCGUAGCAUGUGUAUGCUGUAUUUCAUCGUCAUCAUCUCCAAGUAGUAGGACCGUUGUUCACAACCAAGUUGCUCAGAGUCCUCAGGCAGCGGUCGUCUCCUACAAUGCAGCGCCUGUUGCUUCCCCUGUUUACAUGCAGACAGGACCUCCUCCAAUGUAUGGUCAACCACCACCAAUGUAUGGUCAACCAGCAUAUGGAUUUCAACCAGACCAAACACAACCAGCACCAAUAAACGACCCUGCGUACCCACCCCCUACUUCAUGCCCUGUAUGAGAAGGACACUUUCACCUUAAAACCUGUAAAAUAGCCAUGACCGUCGCACUUAUUUUCAUUUUGCGUCAUAACCGAAGAUAAAAUAAUAACGUUGUUCGCUGAUAUAAAACAACGUUCGGGCAACGUUGUCACAGAUUGCUUAUUUGCAAAAAUGUAAACAAAGUCGCUACAAUGCGACGGCAAAUAGCAAUACAGACUCCUCUUUAUUGGGGCAGAAAUGAUAACAAUAAGCAAAAACACAGAAUAAAUAAACAGUUUUGAACCAGUACAACCGUUAGACCAGCAUAUGUAAAUAUCGCAUCGAAUUAUUUAUAAUUAACUAAUACUAGUAAAUUGGUUGUCUGAGUUCUAACAAUAGUUGAAGAGACAACGCGUCUUUCAGAAUGUGUGUGUACUUAGAUUGUAGAGAAUUAUUUUAGUUUCGAUAAAUACAGGACGUAUUUUACAUUUACAUUUACCUGCACAUUCCACAUAUACACAGAAAUAAAAACCGCUUUAAACCA